UACGGCAUUUACUUCAGCUCUGCAUUCGGCAUUCUUUUUAUAUUCUCACUGUCGCACAAUUAAAUCAAUCUGAAUAAACUUAUUCCUCAUUUUCAGCGAAACUAGACGGCGUUAAGACGUACAUGCGAAUGCGAAGGGUGCCGAACCACUUGCAGGUCAAGGUGAUCAAGUGGUUUGACUAUCUGUGGUUGACCCAGAAGUGUUCCGACGAAGAAAAGGCAGUUAGUUGUUUACCAGAUAAACUGAAAGCUGAAAUGGCGAUAAACGUUCAUUUGGACACCUUAAAGAGAGUUGAAAUAUUCCAAAAUACAGAAGCAGGCUUCCUCUGUGAGUUGGUGCUGAGAUUACGACCCGUCCUUUUCUCACCCGGUGAUUAUAUUUGCCGCAAAGGUGAGGUGGGAAAGGAAAUGUACAUAGUGAACAGAGGUCGCCUACAGGUGGUAGCAGACAACGGAAAGACCGUCCUAGCGACGCUCAAGGCGGGUUCCUACUUCGGAGAAAUCAGCAUCCUCAAUAUGGGGACUGCAGGUAAAGAGUGCGGUAACCGGAGAACAGCUAGCGUUCGUUCCGUCGGAUACUCGGACCUGUUCGUGCUGAGUAAAAAGGACAUGUGGGACGUCCUGAAGGAGUAUCCAGCGGCCAGGGUACGACUGGAAGCAAUCGCCGUAAAAAGACUUGAGAAAUAUAAGAGGGCACCGCUUGAAAAAGCGGCCAUGGGUAGGUGCCAAAGCACACCCGGUUUGGUGGAGUCGCGGGGUCGGAUCCCCCUCGAGGAGAUGUGGGUCUCGGCGGUGGAAGCGCGGAAUCAGGUGCCGAUCCUCGCGUCGGGGGUGCCGGUAGCGAUGGUGGCGACAUCUAAGACGGCGACGCAUUCGUUCUUCUCUCCCUUGCCGAGUCCAGUCGCAUCGCGUUGCCAGCAAAGUAGCCAGGGCAGCGGCACAAACGCUGUGGCCGCUAACAACAACAACAAUAACAACAGUAACAAUAAUAAUAAUAACAGCAAUACCAAGAGCAUGGAGAACUAUAUGAGCGCAACCAGCAGCGGACACAGCAACGAGGAUCAGAACCAGAGGCCGCCCAUUACCGGCGCAUCCCUCCAACACUUCAGUGGAAAACAAUCCUCGCCAUCCGGCACAACCUGCAACAGCACGACUCCGCUGGUGCAGUGUGAGGGUGCUGCGCCACUUCUGGGAACGCACGAGGCACUCCUCGCCGAGAUAAAACGUCUCCGUGAGCGCCUGGUGACACUGGAAACGGAAAACGCGGCGAUGAGCGUAAAGCUGAACCAGCAGCAGUGGGAGGUGGAACACAGACUGGCCGAAAUCGAGAUGCAGAUAUGCGGCGCGAAGGGAAAGAGUUUUUCCGCGAAUUCAAGUAUCCACACCACGCGAGUGAUCCUCGCUCAUUGAGUCUCUCUGUCUCUCUCUUUCGUUUUUCUAGGCUGGCCGUUCUUAUUGCGAGGUUCGCACGCGAUAAUUAGAGCUUUACAUAUAUAUAUAUAUAAUAUAUAUACACAUACCUAGUUUUACUCAUUUUAAAACAAUAUCAAAAUAGAAGAUUGCAGGGGCGAGUAAUAAGUAGAUACAUACCUACAUAUUAUUUUGUUAUUCCUAGUUGUUUUUAUUUUUUUUAUUUUUAUAUUAUGAUACGUUAUAAUAACAGUGAAACACAUUUAAUAUGAAAAACGAAUAAUAAUAAAGGUGAUGAUAAUAAAGUAUGCCUCAUAUCAUACAAUAAUAACAUGCAUGAUGAAAGUAUAUAUUGGGCCAGUAAAUUGUGUGUAUAUCAAAUGAAUGAAUCAACGAUAUAAUAACGUUAAUUUCAUCAUCUUCAAUUAACCCUUCGUAAGGCGCGUCAGCUUUCGUAGCGCCAAUAAACGCGUGGGGUCUUUGAAAAUCCCAUUUUGUUAACGCUAUAUUUUCAUCCGGAAUAUGAAGAAAAGGUUUUAUUCUGAAAAUUAUAUUUGUCUAUGCAUCUGACAAUAAGAAUUUACGCGUUGCAUAUUUAAAAUUCAUUGCUAAUCAUGAAUAAACAAUAUUUCCUUGCAUAAAAAUGGUUCAUUUGAGCAUAGUUGCUCAGAUGAAUACAUAAACAAACAAAAUGAUGUAUGGCGCAAAAUUUUUUAAGAAAUAAGUACAGUUUUUAUUGACUGAUAAAAAAGAACUAAAAUCUUCAACUUUCGUUAAAACUUCUGUUGACAGAAACAAAGAAAUGGCCUUGGGUUUAGUUCUCUACCACAGAUAAUACUUGUUUCCGCUGUACAAAACGAUCAGACCCCGACGGAGUUUAAUCACUUAUCGCUGUGAAAUAAAUUGCGAAAACAGCGCGGCAACAGAGGCAAUUUAUUGGAAUAUUCCUGGAACAUACUGACAAAAAUUUUUGUAUCAGGUGAGAAAAAAAUAAAAGGCUCAGAGUCUCUACAGCCCCCACGUGCCUCACGAAGGGUUAAAAAGACAGAUUUUAUACGAUAAGAGAUGAGUUUUAUUACAAUUUACUACCACUUAUCACAAACACUCAGUAUACUUCAUAAAUCACAUAAGUAUACCUAUGGUUAUCAGAGAACGGCUGGAAAAGUCGAUUGAUCUAAACUUAUUAUUAUUAUUAUUAUUAUUAUUAUUAUUACUGUCAAUAUUAUUAAAAUUACUACUGUAUACAAUAGCCUGUAUAAAAUCGGUUAACCUUAUCAAAUAUUGGACAUCGAUAUCGUGCAGAUAAAUGUUGUUUACUGAAUACAGAAUCUGUAUUUUUUUCUCUCUACGCAAAAUUAUAGCAUACUUGAUGCUUACGUACGAUGAAAUUCAUCUCUUUCUCCCUCUCUCUCUCUCUUUCUCUCUCUCUCUCUCUCUAUAUCUGUAAUACAUUGUUUUAUUGUUUUUCCAAAGACAAGCCAAAGCAUAAUAUGAAAUCAAUCAAUUAAUAAAUCAAUCAAUCUGUCUCUCUCUCUCUCUUACCCCCUGUCAUUCUCUUUGAUCUCUUGCAAGACGUAGUUGGAGAUGUACAAUAAACUAAUUAAUUAUAUCACGUGAAUUUUGCGGAAAAGUGAGUGUGUAUGCGGGUACUCAGGAAAUAAAUAACGAAACGAAUAAAAUUUAUAAGUAAACAAAAUAGAUAAAUGAUUAAAUAAAUUG